ACUCUCUCCUUAACAAUGGCUUCUUUGGAGCUUGCUCGAAUUUUUGUUUGUGCAGGAAACAUCAUAGCACUGUUCUUGUUCUUGUCUCCAGUGCCGACUUUCGUCACGAUAUGGAAGAAGAGAUCGGUCGAGCAGUUCUCGCCGAUCCCGUACCUCGCGACCCUUGUGAACUGCCUAGUUUGGGUGCUCUACGGCCUUCCACUGGUGCAUCCAGGAAGCCUUCUAGUCAUCACCAUUAACGGAGCUGGAAUCCUAAUCGAGUUGACUUAUAUAAUCCUCUUCUUCGUCUUCUCCAACCGGAAGAUGCGGGUCAAAGUCAUGGUCGUGUUGCUCGUCGAGCUCGUCUUCAUCACGCUCCUCACCCUUCUCGUUAUGCUCAUCUUUCAUACUCAUACCAAACGAUCCAUGGUGGUUGGAACGAUCUGCAUUCUCUUUAACAUCGGCAUGUAUGCUUCUCCAUUGGCAGUCAUGAAAUUGGUGAUUAAAACAAAGAGCGUGGAGUAUAUGCCUCUAUCCCUCUCCGUUGCUUCUUUUGCCAAUGGUGUGGCUUGGACUAUUUAUGCUUGCCUCCCGUUUGACCCUUAUAUUUUGAUUCCAAAUGGGCUGGGCACACUGUUUGGGCUGGCCCAAUUGAUACUCUAUGCCAGCUUUUACAAAUCAACGAAGCUCCAAAUUGAAGAAAGGGAAGCUAAAGGGCAGGUGAUUUUAUCAGAGGUGGUCACCAAUGGGAAAGUCUUAGAAGAAAGACAGCAUUGAGACUGGGAAUGGUAGAGCUCAGGUCCAUGGAGCUUGAUGGACACGAAGCAUCUCCACCGUCCAUCUGUCACUUUUUUAUAAUGAUAUACAGAUAUAUAAAAAACAAAAAAACAAAAAAACAAAAAUUGUGUUUUAAAUACUUUAGCAAACUCCUAAUGUUUUAAUUUGGAGGGUAAUAACAGAUGGUCACUGCACAGACCAGUGACGGAUAAUUGGCAACCUCGUAUAAUGCCAUUUUGAGUGUUGUUGUUUUUUUUGUUUUUUUUGUUUUUUUUUUCCUUCCUUUUUGGUCCAGCCUUUGUUUUGUGUUCAAUAUAUGUAUGUUGGAGAAGCUUCAAUGUAUGAAAUCAAUGCCUUUUUUCUAA